GAUAGACAACAGCCAUCGAUAUGAAAACUUCUAAAGACAUAGCCAAUUUUAUCUGUUGUUCGAUCUGCAUUAGUGUGCGAACGUUGAAGGAGACAGAAUGAUAGGAAAAGAAAACGGAUUACAAAUAUUUUUAUGAUACAGAACGAUUUCUGUCAUUAAAAUGAACAAGUAGUAUUUGCUUACAAACUAGUCAAGUAGUGACAGCCAGUCAUAUUCGCAUGUGAAUACAUGAUAUGAAAUAUUCAUUUAAUUUUUUCCAUACUAACAUAUAUAUAUGUAUAUCACGCAAUAAUAAACAAUACGUUAGUCAAAAUAAAUAAAGCAGAAAAAAAACAGCACAUACAUACAACAACAAUAUUUGUCUAGAACUUAUGGCUACUCAUGAAAAUUAUGAAGUGUCUAUUGAACGUGAUAUUACAGAAGAAAAUGAAAUUUCAAAUUAUCAUUUAAUAGUUGGUGCGAUUCUAGAUGGAAAUUUGGAAUUGAUAAACCAUUUAUUUACCCAAUGCAACAGUUUCAACUUUAAAAACUUGGAUGAGAAUGGAAACAGUUUGAUGCACAUUGCAGUCAUUUCGAAACACUUAGAAAUUGUUCGUUAUCUAGCAGAACAUAAUGUUCCUUUGUAUACAGUCAAUAAGGAUGGUGAAACACCGCUUCAUAUAGCUGCAAAAUUUGGACUAUUACCUAUUGUUGACUAUAUUAUUGAUGUGGGAUCAAAUCUACUCAAAUUUGUUGACAAGAAUGGCAAUACACCUUUACAUUUGGCAUGUUUAACGAAGCAUCCAGAUGUAGCAUUGUCACUUUGCAAUGCUGAUGGUCCUCUAGAAGUUCGCAAUAAAGAUCGGAAAACGCCUUUGUUAUGCGCUGUAAUCUCUAGUUCAGAGAGUUGUGUGCGUGUUCUUCUGCUAGCUGGUGCAAGGGUUGAUAUUACAGAUGAGGAAGGUAAUACUGCACUUCAUCUUGCUGCUAUUCAAGGAGACUAUCUUAUUGUUAAACUGCUUUCCAAGGCGGUAUCAAAUGUUGAUAUCUUCAACACAUCGGAAUUCACUCCACUUCAUUUGGCAGCUAAAAAUGGACAUUUAAGGACUGUUCGUUGUCUUAUCUUAGCUGGUGCUGAUCCCAGUAUUACAAGUCGUAAUGGUAUAACACCAGAUGUUAUGGCAUAUGCUCAAGGUCAUUCAAAAGUUGGCAUGUUAUUAACAAAAAUGAAACCGGAAAAACGUACAGCUUGGAUUGAACAAUUAAGACAAGGUACACAUCGUAUGCCAAGAAUAAAGCUUAAAUUAUUUGGUUCAAGUCUUGUUGGUAAAACUCAAUUAACACAUUCUCUUUAUACUGGUCCAAUAUCGGCAUAUUUAAAAAAGAAACUAACAGAUUUUGCCGGUUUAACUGGAGAAGUCAGUCCGAAAUCUAGUGUAUAUCGUCAUAAUUAUCCAUAUUUGUGGGAUAUAGAAGCGCAACAUGAAAAUUAUACACAUGGAAUUGAUGUUCAUAUCACCAAUGAAUAUACUCUAUGGGACUUUUCUGGAUUUCCAUCAUAUUAUUGUUUUUAUGAUCAUUUCAUCGGUGAUAUUGAUAGUAUACAUUUAGUGCUAUUUAAUUUGAUGGAUUCAUUAGAAUGGAGACGUAGAAGUGUACGAUUCUGGCUUGAUUUUCUUCAUGCUCGUAUACCUGUUAAAGGGCCGUUAUUGUUUGGAGGACGACCGACAGAAAUGGCUCGCAUCAUUCUUGUUGGAACUCAUGCAGAUGUGGUUCAAUGUCAAAAAGAUCAAAAUGGAUUUUAUUAUGAUGAAGAGACUUUAUUGUUUUUAAAAGAAAUUAUCCUGGAAUACCAAGAUAAAUUAGACAUACAUGAAAGUAUUUAUCUGCUCGACGCAAGAGAUGGAACAUCUCUAGAAAUGAAACAACUGAAAACUUACUUGACAGAUGUUCGGAAUAUCAUAAUACAGACACUACCAAGGACAAAUUCUUUAAUGAUCGAUUUAUCAAAUAAAUUGCCAGAAUGGACAGUUAAUGAUAUAUUUCCUAUAUGUAAUUUGGAUGAAUUUGCUGAACGUGUUCAUGAACAUAUUAAUCCUUUGUGUACGGAUGAACAUUUAGUAACUCUUGUUGAACAUUUACAAUGUGCUGGGAAUAUUUUAUAUAUUCAAACCACUUCACAUAAUACUACUGUAAAUAAUUCAUCGGCAGUUAUCAGUGAAGAUAAUGGCAAAUAUUAUUAUUAUAAAGAUGAUUUGAUUGUAUUAAAUCCAAAUCACUUAUGCAAUGAGAUACUAGGUAAAUGUUUCUCUGAACGAUUUCUUCAUCGAACUCGAAUCACUGGCAGUUUUACUCUAGAUGAUAUACAAUUAUUUGUACGUGAACAAGAUACACAAAUUUUACUUAAAUUGCUAGAAUCAUUUGGUUUAUGUGUGUGUUGUAUUGUUAAAGAGCAUCGUCAUUUAAAAUCACGAAAUAAAAAGAAACAUUCAACUGAUUGUUUUGAAUUAUUUGAACAAAUUAGUAGUAGUCCAUUGUCAAGACCAUUGACACCAGAUAUUGAACAAACUGAUCGUAAUGGUAGUAAUUACACCAGCAACAAUAAUAAUAAUAAUAGUAAUAAUGAUUUGUACUUAAGCAAUAAUACACAAUUUCCAAAAACUAUUGUAUUCGAUAUUUCUAAAUUGAAUAAUUCUUCCAUUGCAAUUGAAGAGAUACAAAUUGAAAUGCCACGUUUAAAUCAAAUUCCAUUAUAUCAUGGUUUAUGGGAUAAUAGUAAUGAUGAGAAUAAAAGAAUGAUAUAUUCUGGUUUACAAUUAAUUACAUCACCAGGACAAUUUAUACAUUUAAUGCCACGUAUACAAGUACAAUUAAGACGUGAAAUUUCAAUCAAUCGAAAAAAAUUUAUUCAAACAAAAUUAUCAAAUGAAUUUAAUAAAUUAAAUUUAAAAGGUCAUCAUAAUGGUAAUCAGAAUAUUAAUAAACAGUUUUAUACAACAUCAGAAUUAUAUUUAAAUUCAUUAGAUUUUAAUAAUAAUAAUAAUAAUAAUAAUAAUAAUAAUAAUAAUAAUAAUAAUAAUAAUAUUACCAAUUCUAUUUAUAAUAAACGAAGAACAAAAGGUUCACAUUCAUGGAAUUUAGUACAGUGGCUUCAUGGAUCAAAAAUUACUGAUUCGAAAGGUGAAAUACAAAUAUUUUUAUGUAUUAAUGAAUAUAAACAAGUCCUUGAUAUUUUCUCCAGAUGUCUCCCAUGUCAUAUACACCAAGCAUUUAGUCUUCUUCAUGAAACUGUCCAUUUGAUUACACAGGUAAUUUCAAAAUGUUGUCCAAACUUAGAUCUGGAAUUUAAAUUACUCAAUUCAAACGAUCUAAGCAAACAUUAUAAUAAUCCAAAAGUAUGGGAUUCUAAACAAUUAAUACAAACACUUCUAUUUUUGAUUGCACAAAAUUCUCACAGCUAUAGAACAUCGUUGUGUAGUAUUGACUUACACAAACCAAGAACAUCACAAAAUGAACGAAACCAACGCUCAACUGAUGUGAGAUAUCUUCUUGAUAAUGAUGACGAUAAUGAUGAUAAUAAUGUCAACAUUGGCGAAGACGAGGGUGAAGAGGAAGAUAAUGACGAUGCAUCUUAUGAAGAGAACAUCUUUAAUAACAACAAUAUAAACAACACUAAUAUUAAACGAAGAGAAAAUAGAAAGUCAGAUCAUUCAAUACAUUUACAAAAUCAGUUAAAAAAAGAUUUAUUUUUCAGUAACAAUGAAUUAGCACAAGAAGUAUCUAAUCAUUUAUUAAAUAUACCAUCCUAUCCAUUACCUACUACUGUUUUACAAAAAUUAGCUAAACAAAUCGAUGUUAAUGAACGGGAUCCAUAUAAAUUUAAUACACUUGUACAAUGUUUAUGUUAUCCAGAAAUGAUCAAUUUAAUUACUCAAUGGAAUCAAGGUAUUUGUUUAUGGAGUACAUUAAGUCCAACAGUAAUAUUACUACAUUUUGCUAGUAAAUAUCCUAUAAGAUUUUUAGAAUGGGCAUUAUUAUCAAGUUAUGGUAUGAAUAUUGUAAAAUUAUUAUAUACUUCAUAUAUUCUAUUGAAUUUCAGUCAAACUAUAUUCAAAGAAUCAUCAAUGAAAUCAUUAAACAAAGAUAAUAAUAAUGAUGAUAAUACAAGAGAAAUGAACUAUUCAAAUCAUCUAAUAAAAUCUAUACGUUCUUCAUCUACACCACGUAAUAGUCAAUUGUAACAAACAAUAAAAAUGGAAUAUCAUGCAAUUGGUUCCCUUUAUGAAUUUAAAUAGAGCAGGAAUAAACAUGGAUGCAGAAUAGUAUGAAUUCAUAUUAUUUCGAGGUUUCUCGUCAGCUGCUUACAAACCAAAAUUGUGAUAGAAUUUUUACAUGGAGAUAGUGUGAAACAAGUGACAUAAAUGAGUGUAAAUAACGUGAUUACAAUAAUAACUAUAUAUAUAUGCUAGAAACAGGUCAGAGGUCAAAAGAGG